AUGGCAUCUAUUCCAUAUUGUUUUAACGGUAUUCGUGCUAUUGAUCAAAAAAUUCGUACGGAACGGCGAUAUUCACAAUCAAACAGCACUGGUGACUCUAGUCCACUAUCAUCAAGUGUGCCAGCUGACAAUAACAAUAGCAGUACAGCUGGCAUAUCCUUAUUCGGUCAUUUUAUAUCAUUUGGACGAAAACUCAGUAUUCCUACAGUAUGUAACGAAUUAUUACCUUCCAUUAGCACAACAGCAUCCAGUGAACAGCAAUAA